AUGCUGCGCGUCGCCCGUCGUGUUCUCGUCUGGAUCGAGCCUUUCCUCUACUACAGUCUGAAGAUAGGAAUUCCCGGGCCCGCGGCUGGUGUUGAAGAUAGUGCCGCCGAGUCCAGGUCUCUGCUAGUGCAUGCAGCGCUAGCAAAGACCGACGUGUUACUCUGCAACCCCGUCCGUCAUCUCGUCCUGGGCUUGCAGUUCGCGCUGCAGCUCGCGCAGAUGACGGAUGCCGACAAAAAGAAGCUGGGCAACAUGACCAACGUCGUGUUUUUGGCCUUUGCUGGCAUAACCGACGACCACGUCUUGCAGCUGAUCUCCGCGAUGCCCGUCCGACGCCUCGCCUGCAAUUUGGAAGGCAUCAUCGGCCUGUCCAGCCUGGUCAACGAUGACCCUCAAACGAUAGCCGCCAGCCCCAUCUUCCGCCGAGUCACCCAUUUCGAUGUCUUUGACGACGAUUCAGAAUCUACUUCGUACAUGUUCGCCGUGCUCGCGCAUCUCCCCGCGCUGACCCACCUUGCGAUUUCGUAUGAGCACGUCGACGAGGACGACCCGCAGAGCAUGGACAAUAUCAAGGCGUUCCUCGCAGGGUGCCCGGCGCUGCAGAUAAUGGUGUGCCUCUCGCCGACAGGGGUCCUCGGUGACAACAUAGAGCCGGUAGCCAUGGACGAGGAGAUUGACAUCCGUUUCGUAUCGUGUGGCUAUACGGAAUGGGACGAAGGUGUCUCUUAUGACACGGUCACUUUCUGGGACAGAGCAGAGGCAGUUGUUGCCCGUAGACGAGCCCAAGCUGCUAGGGAGUCGCUGCAUAAUAAUGUCAUCUCUGGUGUUUGA